AUGGGUGCUUUGCAAUUCCUACUCCACCGUCUAGAGACGGUUGCUCUCCAACGCCCGAUCACAUUGGGCAUCUUGGCCACUCUAGUGGUCUUCGGUUUGUUCAAACUAUGGACUUCCCGGACACGAACGCACAAUCUUCCCGUCAUGAAGGUUACGAGUAACGACGUAGUAGGGUUUCUAGAGGAAGCACAUAAAAAGUAUCCAAAUGAGCCAUUCAUGCUAUCUUUGCCAGGUAUGGAGAUGGCUGUUCUACCUGAUACAGAGAUCGAGACUAUCAAAGCACUUCCGGAGACGGACGUCUCUAUCAAGAAGCAUCAUUACGACGUAUUUCUCGGUGAAUACUCCUACAUGGGCACGAAAGCGGACGAGUUCGAUCGGACCAUGCGCAACGUUCUGACGCGUAACACCCCCGCUGUUCUAGCAUCGUUCAACGCCGAAGUUGAAUAUGCCGUCAAUAAGAUGAUCGGUCCUUGCAAAGAUUGGACAGCUAUAAAGCCACGGUAUGCCAUGUCGAGAAUCGCCUCCAUCAUGUCUGGCCGAGCCUUCGUUGGGUUACCGUUAAGCCGCCAGGAUGAUUGGGUAGAGGCAACAGUCAACUACACGGCAGGAGUAUCCCGCGCCUGGCUUGUUCUUCGCCUCAUACCAUGGCCUAUACGCUUCUUUGUCGCUCCAUUCUUGCCUCAGGUUCAAGCACUCAAACGACAAAAAGCAAUCAAUGAAGAGAAGCUUGCACCCUUGAUUGCAGAGAAGCGUUCCGGCUCUGUCAAAGACAAGAGCAUCCCCGGCGGCGACAUGAUUGAGUGGUUCAUCUCUCAAUACGCCAAGCCACCCAACGCUCAGCAGCUUGGUCGAGAUCAGCUCCUCACGACCUUUGCAUCCAUCUACAACCUCUCGAAUGCUCUUUCUUACGUCAUUUUCGAUCUAGCAGCACUCGACCCGAAGGAAAUUGAACUCAUGCGUGAGGAAGUCCUCCAACACGUUCCGGCGGAUGGCAACAUCGACAAGAUGGAUCUGCCAAAGUUGAAGAGGCUGGACAGCUUUGCCAAAGAAUCUCAGAGACUUUCGCCUCCAUCUCUAGUGAAUAUUCCGCGUAUCGUCACGAAUCCCAAUGGACUCCUCUGCUCCACCGGUCAAGUACUCCCCCAUGGCACGCGCAUGACUAUCCUAGCCCAUGCCAUCAACCAGAACCCCGAAAUCUAUCCAAACCCUACCGAGUUUCAACCUUUCCGCUUUUCCAAUCUCCGAGCGACGCCUGGAAAUGAGCACAAGUAUCAGCACGCUACUACUGGAAUAGACAAUAUCAACUUUGGGCACGGGCUUUGGGCUUGCCCGGGCCGAUUCUUCGCAAGUGUAGAGAUCAAGGUUGUCCUGAGCUACAUACUGCGACACUACGAUGUGAAACUAAAGCCGGGAGAGCCAAAGCCGAAGCAGCAGCAUUUUGGACUAGCUAUUUUGCCUGAUCCAGAAGCAGAGGUUCUUUUCAGGGCUCGGGGUUAG